CCCAAUGUUAAGCAAAUGGGAAAAGUCUUCCUGGUCCAGUGUGCGUCACGUGACGCUGUAGUUCCUGUGUCGGCCGCUGUGUAAAGUUUGGACUCACCCCGGAGCCGCGGUUCACUAUCGAGGAUGUUUCUUAAAAAAAUAAGCAAAACUUGUCUUUCUGGGCUGAGAAAUGUCUGUGGACCAGGACAGGUGUUCUCUCCGGCCGCUGCGAGGCUUCAGCACAGUCAGGCUCAUGAGUGCGGGCAGUCUGUCCCAUCAACCCGUCCCGAGACCUCCAGUGCCAAGACCAUGAUGGACAUCGGGACCCGCCGAAUUUUCACCGAGGACCACGAUAUAUUCAGACAAAGCGUCCGGCGCUUCUUUCAAGACGAAGUGACUCCGUACCACCGGGAGUGGGAGAAGGCCGGUGAGGUGAGCAGGGAGCUGUGGGAAAAGGCUGGUGAGCAAGGCAUGCUGGGAAUAUUGAUACCGGAGGAGCAUGGCGGCCUUGGAGCAGACCUGCUCUCUGCAGCUAUUGUGUGGGAGGAGCAGGGUUAUUCCAACUGCUCGGGCCCGGGUUUCACCCUGCACUCUGACAUCAUCAUGCCCUACAUCUCUAACUACGGUACCAAAGAACAGAUUAAACGCUUCAUCCCCGACAUGACUGCUGGGAAAUGCAUCGGAGCGAUUGCCAUGACGGAGCCAGGAGCAGGCAGUGAUCUUCAAGGUGUGAAGACGUACGCCAAGAGGGAUGGCAGCGACUGGAUCCUCAACGGCAACAAAGUGUUUAUCUCAAAUGGUUGGAUGUCUGACCUGGUGGUGGUGGUGGCCGUGACAAACCGCGAGGCAAAGACCGCGGCACACGGCAUCAGUCUGUUCCUGGUGGAGAAUGGCACGAAGGGCUUCCAGAAGGGACGCAAGUUGGAGAAAAUCGGUCUAAAAGCUCAGGACACAGCUGAACUGUUUUUUGAGGAUGUUCGACUCCCAGCUGACGCCCUCCUGGGACAAGCAAACAAGGGCUUCUACUACCUGAUGAACGAACUGCCUCAGGAGCGUCUGGUGAUUGCCGGUACGGCCCUUGCGAGCUCUGAGUUCAUGUUUGAGGAAACCAGGAACUAUGUGCUGCAGAGGAAGGCUUUCGGCAAGAGCAUCGCUCAUCUCCAGACUGUGCAGCACAAGCUGGCAGAGCUGAAGACUGAGAUCUGUGUGGGCCGAGCCUUCGUUGAUAACUGCCUUCAGCUCCACUCGGACAAACGCCUGGAUGCCGCCACUGCCUCCAUGGCCAAAUAUUGGGCGUCUGACCUCCAGAACAGGGUGGCCACUCAGUGCCUGCAGCUCCACGGAGGCUGGGGCUACAUGUGGGAAUACCCCAUCGCCAGGGCAUUUGUGGACGCUCGUAUUCAACCCAUCUACGGAGGCACCAACGAGAUCAUGAAAGAGCUCAUCGCCCGCACCAUCGUCAGCCAGAUGUGAGAAAAUUGGAUGUUUUCAUGGCGGAGGAGCACUGGGGGAAGUGGGGUGGUUUGCACAGAUGUUUUUUUCUUAGUGGACAAUUUGUCUGAAAAGAGUUCAACUUUAAGUCAUCGUACCUUAUUAUACUUUGAUGCGGUUUAAGUAUAAUGAACGACCUAAAAUGUCAAAAAAAGUAUUACAGGAUGCAAAUAAAUCCUGCACAAAUUUAUCAGUAAAGGCAUUAAAACAAGACUAACAUUGGAAAGAAGAAAAAACACUUUCUUCCUCUUAUAAAUGAAACAUUGUUGAUUUGGAGGUUGAUGAAAAAAAUUACAAAAAGCAAUAAUGGUUUGACAGUUUCUCAACAACGCCUUCAUUAACCUUUAUCACAUUUGAGGUGUUUUUCACAACUGUGGUGAAAUCAUGACAUAUUCUAUUGUCUGUUUCUGUCCAUUUUCCUCCAACUGUAGUUUUAAUUGUGUAUAUAGACUGUAUAUAUUGCAUCAAAAAAAAAAUAAAUUCCAUCAAGAAUUUAUUUUUGUAA